GUUCUCUGAAGACUCCCUGGUUAAUGGCAUCAGCCGGUGUCAGUCCGUCCUGUCUGCCAGCUGGAGCUGGUCCUUACAGACACGCCCUAACCAGCGGCGCACUGCUGGCAUCCUCCGCCACAAGGACGACCCUGCCAGCAAGAGGUCAGCUGCUCCAGUACCACGGCUGCAAGCACAGAGGAAGUUCGCCCAGUCCCCUCCCAGCUCUCCGGGACCAGCAGGUUCGACGACACCGCCACGAAGCAACCACGCCCACAACCUGGCCGUGGUCACCUGUCUGACCCGACGCCGGCCCAAGACCGAGGACUUCUUGUCUUUCCUCUGUCUGAGAGGUUCAGCAGCGUUGCCUAGCAACAUGGCUUUCUUAGCGAGCGGACGAGCGAAGAAGCCAUCUGGCGCUCAGCAUCUUACCUCCUGUCGCUCCACCAAUCACAGGACUGCAGCUGAGGGGAAGACCAUGAGAUUAUUCAGUAGAAGCACAGCGCAGCGAGACUUUAAGUCUCUGAGAGGGAGGCCUGGAGGCUCUGCAGUGGUCAGCACCUUCUGCCCUUUAACCGCCCGGGCACAGAGAAGGAGGGAGAGGGAGAGGAGAGAGGAGGAGCAGCAGCAGAGGAGGAGGAGGAGGGAGGGGGUGGAGGGGGUGGAGGAGGACAGGAGAGAGGGAGCUGAGAGACACCUCCUGAGACCUCGCCAGCUCUCCCUCCAGGUCAGGAGGACAAACAAGGUUGCAAUGGCGACUGGACUCUCUGAACAAAGAACCUCCUGCCUCCGGUCAGUUCCUACGUUAAAGCCGAGCACGGGAAUGGCCAGCAGACGCUCCCCAAGACCCUGCACAAGGCCUAACAAUACCUGUAAACCGAGGGUCCAGGAAACCAACAGCAAACACCAGCUGCCUCGCAAUCAGCACCUUCCCCUCCACCACCCAACGGCCUCCGACUACUAUCGCAACCCCAAGACCUUCGGCGGUCUCCAGAACUCAGGAAGACAUUCAGGCAGGACUCCGCCUUUGACUAACGGCCCAGUCAUCAGGACGCUAGGUGAGAACCCUGGUGUCCUGAGGUCGUCCAGGAGACGGAGAGGCCUCCCACCGGACACCAGCCCCCCCCGACUGAACGGGCUUCCUUCGUCAAAGAAGUGCAGGACAGUGCAAUGCAAUGAUGGCGAUGUCACAUCGGAGAGUGAGAUCCAGCAGAGGGAGGACAACUGUGAUAAAGAUGUGAGUCACAUUGCUGAAAUCAACGGUAGCCACGACGACGAACCAAAAGGAGACGCAUGUGGCCGUGUUGGAGAGAUGAGACCGGAGAGGGGCAGUUGCGUUGGUGAAGACCGACAGGCCGAGGUAAACGUUGGAGAGUUGAGUUUGACCAGCGUCUCUGCUCUGGAGCCCUCUCAAGAAAGGGUCAACCUCGCCAACGUCACCACGAACUGUGACCUCAGCCCCGUCAGGGAGGACGCGUGCAGACAUGCGAGAGAAAAAAGGCUCCAGAGAAAUCCACGCACUUCAUCCACAACCCCUACGACAACUACCAGGACUGCUGAUCCUAGGCCUGUUGCCAGAGCUGCUGCUGCUAGAACUACUGUAACUAAAGCUGCUCUCAACUCAGUGACAGCCACACACGUACGCACUGACCCACCAGACAGUUAUUCUGCCAAGCACACUCCUGAGGGUAUUAACAAGAACGUUACCAAGUGUACUUCUCCAGCCAGCGGUUACUCUAUCCAUAAUUCCAAAGGUGCUGCAAAAGACACUUCCGAGGGGACCACGGGGGAACCGACAGAGGACAGUGCUCCUGUCAGUAGCUGUUCCAGCACUUCCAAGGCCUCCGCAAAGGGCCUAACCCAGACCAAGUCUACUACCUCAGCCAUUAAGACCAGGACCAGCCCCAGAACCCUUCUGAAGCGCUAACAAGCACCUGAGCUACGCCUGAAAACGUUCACGAGUUCACUGAAUUGAGAAUUGAUGUCGGAGGCCAUUGGCAAGGUAUUUCAAAAAAAAAAAGCAUUGAAUACUGUUGAUCUUAAGCACGGCCUGAUGAUGGCUGUUGACUGGUCGGAUAGUGACGCAGUGACUAUGUACUGUUCUCUACAUUUGUCAAUGAUUGUGUGAUUGUUUUAAUUCCAUAGGGGUGAAAUAUAUCGUUUGAAGACGCAUUGUAAUGGAAGAUACCGUUGCUUAAUGGACUUUAUGGUGAAAAGUCACAGUUUUCAGAUACUUCCCUGCUGUAUCUGAAGUAAUAGCUUGAUAUUUUUGUAUAAUUCACAUGGAAAAGGUACUGUGUGUGUUUUUUUUUAGUUGUGUUUUUUUAAUCAAAGCACAUAGUUUAACUCGAGUCGGUCUGCUGUGCAGUUUUCAGUAGCUUACGUAGAGAAAGCUGUGGUGCACACUGCUACGUGCCAACGCUCUGGGGCUUUUUGGCAGGUCUUUGGUAGUCUGGUCACAAUACAGUCCUGCCUUUUUAUUUAAACAGGAAUAAUCUGUUCGGGAUGGGUUUCUCACCAGAAUAUAAGGAUAAGUUCACAUUUAUUCAAGUCUCUCCUAAAACAGUACUUGCUCAUACGAACAAUGGAACAGGUUUAAAUCGUUUAUACUGUCCGAUUAAUUCACACGUCAAUAUAUCAUUUCAAACUGUUGUUUUAGUCAUGAAAACCAAGACGGCAAACUACAUUCCUCCUUUGUGCCCUGACUAAGGCAGCCAGACCAGAUCCACUCCUUCCACUCUUACCUUUCACAAUAAAAGUCCUAGACAUAUAAUAUUCGCAGGUGUGUAUUUUGCAUUUUUUUGUGCCGUUUAUUUGUUAAGUAACAUGCGAAGAACAAACGUUUUUUUAUUUACCGAUUUAUAUCUUUUAUUUUCCCCUUCCACUGAAGCCUGUGAUGCCCGUACUGUACGUACCAUUAACACGUUUUUGUCUAUGCUUCACUAGGGGUAGUAAGGCGAUAUGAGGGGGGGUGCCAUCCCCCCUCGUUUACCUGCCAUCCCCCCUCUCCCUCCCCUCGUUACAGAGAGUACAGGGGAAGAAUAUGUUAGUCUAGUCUAGUCCGCCUGACUCAUUGAUCCUUUAUCUGACUGAGGUUUGUGGCUCUGAAAUAGCAAAAAUAUAGACUUGUAGAAAUAGGAGGAGAUGUGUGCCCACACUGGAUAUCACUGAUUCUACUGAAAUGUCAGAAGGCUUUUAGGACUACGUCAGGUGCUAUUAGUUUGUUCAUAAACUGAUUUAGGGGAGGUUAAAUAGAAGAGUGGUAAAAUGUUAUGGCUGUAUUAAAUAUAAUAAAAUAAGUCAAUACACAUUGGUCAGUAAUGCACAUUUUUUUAUCAGUGCAGCCAAUGUGUGUAGGAUUUAAACAAAACAAAAAGUUUAUACAACUUGUGUGUCAUUUCAUGUUUCAUGUGUAAGUUAUGUUUUUUUUUUUUUUGGUAAAAUGAGUAAACUCUUUAAUCCCCAAUGGAAUAUGAACACAUGAAAGGAUAAAUAUUUGUGCUAAGGCAACUGUAAAAAGAAAAAAUCUGUAUAAAUGUGAAUCUUUUGAAUGAGAAUUUGCAAUAAAAUUACUUUGCAUAUUUA